GAGACGGCCGCGGCGGUUGGGGUGGAGGAGGGCCGGGUGCGGAGUGUGGUGCUGAGGCCCGGGGAUGAUGGCCUGCUUGUCGACUUUGAGCUGAACCACCCGGCAUCGCUGGCGGAGGCCGCUGUGGAUGCGCGGCUGCGGGGGUGCGCGUACGCGGCGCUGUGGGCGCUGUACGAGCCGCGGCCCCGCCUCGAGGAGGAGAAGGUAGUGACCACGCACGAGCUGGGCUUUGAGGGCGAGGACUGGGACUACGUGCUGGAGCAGCGGGGCGUGGAGGUGAGGGAGGCGGCGGCGAUCGAGACGGCGCGGGCGCUUGGAGUGGAGCGCGAGGACGUGGUGGAGGUGGAGCUGGACGUUGUGCCGCAGAACCUCGUUGUGUUUGUCACGGUGCGCCACUCGUCACGGCUGAGCGAGGGCGAGGUGGACGGGCUGCUGGCGCAGUGCCAGUACAAGACGCUGUGGGCGCAGUACGACGCGCGGCCGUUGGAGUUAAUUGGUGCCUUGAACGGCAUGCUGAUUUCUGCCGAGGAAGUUGAGGCGGAAUUGGAUCCGGCAACGUACUUACGCGGUGCUCUUCUUCGAGCCAGACGUGAGCGUGACGAGUAUAUGGAGCGGCUGGGGCCAAUGCAUUGA